AUUGGUAAGAGAGCAGACGGAGUAUGAUUGGCUGUGGGAUCACUCCAUUUUGGAAACAGCUGUUUAAAGCCCUAUCCCUCUUUCUCAUUGUGUUCAAUAGACUGUCAGUGGAGUGUUGGAUGUGACUAGGAAUCUCCGAAAAGAUAAAUUAAAAUCCAUUGAAUCAGAGUGUGGAAUGCGGGAAGAGCUUUAGGAAAUGAAGGGGAAUCCCGACAAAGAGUGAAUGGCGUAUGGCGUAGUAACAAGUGGAAGAGGAUCAAGGUGUAAUGAGAGGGCAGUUUGUGAGCAGAUGAUGGACGUUGAGGCGUCAUAUUCAGAGUUCAUAAACUGUGAUCGUACAGGUCGCAGGAACGCAGUGCCAGACAUUAAAGGAGAGGGAGUAGCAGUGGAGACCGGUGAACUAACCAAAGACAUGGCUCAGAUGGACCUGAAAGCUGCAGAGGGAGAUGCUUCUGGAUCUCCAGCCCCUGAAGCAGAGGCAUCUGGGAGCCAGGAUAAACAGGGGACAGAGGGACCGUCAUAAAGAUGAAGAAUGACCCGGAGGAGAGAGGAAAGCUGGGGGAGUUCUUUCCUUUUCUCAUCAAAAUUCUCCUCAUCUUUGCUCAUCAGGCAGCAGUGAAGAGCUCCUCUCAUAGACUGCCAUUAAGGUGGACGUCCACCCAUUGCAUGCUGUUGAGUGCCUAAGAGAGAGAUGGAGAAGACACUGCCUUUGCAAAUACCACUAAAUGGGACGAAUCUGUCACGGACUGUAUUCAUUCACAGCGCUGAGUGAGGGAAGUUUGUUUUUUCUAACAGAGGUCGAACAGAAGCACAGGUGUUUUGAUAUUUUUCCAUCCUAAACUUAAACUAAACAGUUCAAUCUCGUGUUGAGUUACUGUUAAAACAAAUACUCAGAGCUACUCUAAACUAUAAAGUACCAAAUAUAGCCUUUUUGUUACAGCCUAUGACAUGGAUGGCUAAGUUAAAUUAUUAUUU